AUGGUAACCAGGCGAUUUCCGGCGUUGCGAACGGCAAGAAAAGCGAUUUUCGUCAAGAUGAUCUGGAGUGCAGUUCGUGUUUCUUUUCCAGAGUUUGAUUUAAGGUACCGUUCGAUGUCUGAUAGCGAGUCAUUCUCCGAGCGUGAGCCCAAUGCGUUCGAUGAGGAGUCAUCAGACGAUCUCUUUGACUCUGAUGGUGAAGCGGCAGGGCCCGAUGCCGAGGAUGGAAGUGAUACCGAUGUUGAGAUACUCGGUGAAGGGCCCAGCUCCGUUCCUACACACAGCAUCGGAAAAAGGUUAAUGACUGCACCGGUACCGCUGGCUAUUGUCUAUAGCGACGGUCGCCAUGUUAGUCAAGCCCUGCCUGGGGAAGCGAGUGCUAGUCGCCAGUCAGAGGCCUCCACUUCCGGCCGUGGAAAGUCAGCUGCCGAACCAUCUUUUCGGCCGAGGGUUUCGGUAGUCUAUCCCAGCAAUCCUAGAGUCGCUCUCAGUACAUCCCGUCCGUUUUCACCACUACCUUCCAAAUUGCCGGUAGGCCAUCGUACCGUUCGGCAAAUUGAAGCAGCUGAGCGCUACACAAGAGGAGAUCUGACAGAUCAAGAGGGUGAGGCAGAAAGUCCCUGCCGUGGAGAGAAUUUACCCGAAGGGAAGAAGAACAAGGGGUGGCAGCCGGAAACAGCACCAGCGUCUUCGGGAGGAGUUGACCCCGAUGACCUAACCCUCAACGAGCGUCGUCGUCAGAUGAACGCUGAAUCGGCGCAUGCCGAAGCGGCUGCUGCCGGUCCAUCUCCCGGCCGAGGUAUGCCUACCGAGGGUACCUCCUCCAAAGCUGCCGGCAAAAGGCCAUUCACAGUCGAUCUGGAGGCCGAUCCUGCUCCAAAGUGUGGGCGACAGGCCGAGCUUGCUAGGGCCAUCUUUGCUGCUGAGGACGGCGAGGCGCCUCCCGAAGCUGUCACUCUGGCCUGUCCUUCGAAGACGGUCCAGUUUGUGAACCACAUGAUCCUCGGUUCACAAAUGGAGCUGUCCGUGAUCAAGGACCUGCCGAAGAAGCUCCUUCGGGAGGAGGCUGGCCGCGCCUUCCGUCUUCAAGCUUCGGCUUCAAUGGACAUGUGGCUGUGCUUCAAGCGAGCCAUUAAUGCCGCCAAAAAGGCGAAGAAGGCUUAUGAAGAAGGCAGGGCGAAAGUUGCCGAGGCUGGCAAGGCUAUCCAAGCUCAGGCGAACUUGGCGAAGGACAUGCAGGCUGCCGAAUGGCAGGUUAAAGUUUAUCAAGCCAAGCUCGGUGAGAUAUCGGUAGCCCUGGAGUCGGCGCAACCAGCGGCAAAGGAGGCUCUGGAGUCGAGGGAGGCGAUCCAGGUGGCCUUUGAGGAGUCGGAGCAGGUCAGGGCUUCGGAGAUCGAGGCUGCCAUCCAGGAGGCGAUACGGGGGUACCGUCAGUCUUCAGAGUUUACUACCUUGCUUGACAAGGAAGUGAGCUCGGAAAUGGCGGAUCUGCUCUACCGUUUCAAGCGGUACAACCCUGGAAAAAAGCUCAACCUCAAAUUCAUUGCCGAUUCUCCCCCUCUUCCUGAAGGCAUAACCAAAGAAAUGAUCAAGGGCUAUGAGGGGGAGGAUGCCCCAGAAGAGGCUCCUGCCGAUGUCGAGGAGGGUGCUGCCGAGGCCGAGGAGGCUGCCGCCUGA